GUAGAGAAGUUCCGAAAAGCUUUCGGGAGACAUCGGCUUUCAAAGCACGUGGAGAGAAAUAGACAGUUUUUCGAUAUAAGUCAGCCAAAUACCCCUAUAUUAACUCAAAAUGACUAAUGUCCCUAAAUCUAGUCUCUCCAAGAAUGUUUUGCAAAUGAAGUUCAUGCAGAGAAGUGCCCUGCAGAUUGAAAAGGAAAAAUCAGAAGAAGAGAAACAGAAAGUAAUAGACGAUGAACAUUGGGUUCUAGACUUACCAGAGACAGAACAUAAAGAAAGCAGAUAUGUUAUAGAAAGAAGCAUCGCCUGUAUUGAGGAGUUGCAGUAUGGUAGAUUCUCAUUUAAUGGCUGCAAUCCAGAAGUUGAAAAGUUAAUGAAAAUCCACAGUAAAGACAAAGAGCUGGAGGCAGCAGCCACAAGAGAGGCCCAGAACUCGGUCAAUGACCAGGAAAUGGCUGACAGGUAUUUGUCUUUAUCCCAUACAAUUGCCAAAAAGUUUGCAAAAAAGAGAAAACAUGCCGAAAUUGAUGAGUCCUUUGAUAAAUUCAACGAUAGUAUGGAUAUUGAAGAGGAAAUCCCCAAAUCUCAGAAGAAAAAAUCCUCUAAAAGGAAAUUCAUGAAACCAAAAGAUGAAUGAGCUCAAUUGGCAUAGGUUGACUACAACCAAUGCUCAGUAUGGAAGUCAGCUUCCAAAGGGUCACGGUCAAGAGAACAAUUGACCAGAGCUAACGAUCACAAAGCCCUACUGUUAAAAGCCCUGGAACAGAAUUUAUUUUACAUGAAUUAUACAUGUAUGAGUAGUUCUUAGGCAUAUUGUUCAAUCCGAUGGCAAACAUCACUUUUGCCCUGGGAAGCUAACAUUGCACAAUGGAGGUUUAUCAACUUGAGUUUGGAACUUUUUAUCAACUUUAUUUCAAUUUUUCCUUUACUUGUGAACAGUUUUUGCAUUGAAUUGAAAUGAUUGGCUUUUGUAAUUUAAAUUAAGAGAUCAUGUAUAAUAUCUUAUUCAUGAAAUAGAAAUUGAAUUUAUAUUUAUAUAGGCCAUCUUAUAUAUUAAAACAAUUUUUAUUAGCAUGAACGAAAUAGAAACUUGAAUUAUUAUAGAUAUUUAUGUAUACAUGGAUAUAUAUGUGUGUAUGAGAUAGUUGUCUAUGUAUGUUAUGAACUGUUAAGUUUCAAUAAAAGAACGGUAAAAUUCUAUUUUAAAUAA